AUGGAGCUCCUAGAGGAAGAUCUCACCUGUCCCAUUUGCUGUAGCCUGUUUGAUGAUCCUCGUGUCCUGCCCUGUUCACACAAUUUCUGCAGAAAGUGUCUUGAAGGAAUCCUGGAGGGAAACGUGCGGAAUGUCCUUUGGAGGCCGUCCCCUUUCAAGUGCCCCACGUGCAGGAAGGAAACUCCCGUGACUGGAGUCAACAGCUUGCAAGUCAACUAUUCCCUGAAGGGUAUCGUGGAGAAGUAUAACAAAAUCAAAGUAACUCCCAAAAUGCCAGUGUGCAAAGUGCACAGCGGGCAACCCCUUAACAUUUUUUGCCGGACAGACAUGCAGCUGAUCUGUGGGGUUUGUGCCACCCGUGGCGACCACACAAAGCACGUUUUCUGUUCUAUUGAAGAAGCAUAUUCCCAGGAGAAACGGGCUUUUGAAACCCUGUUUCAGGGCUUUGAAACCUGGCGUUGUGGAGAUGCCCUCUUGCGGCUGGACACCUUAGAAACCAGCAAGAGGAAAGCUCUGCAGAUGCUGACCAAAGAUUCUGACAAGGUGAAGGAGUUUUUUGAGAAGCUGCAGCACACGCUGGAGCAGAAACGAAAUGAGAUUCUCUCUGACUUUGAGACUAUGAAGCUUGCAGUGAUGCAGGCCUACGAUCCGGAAAUCAAUAAACUGAACACAAUUCUGCAAGAGCAGCGGAUGGCUUUUAACAUCGCAGAGGCCUUCAAAGAUGUGUCGGAACCCAUUGUAUUUCUGCAGCAGAUGCAGGAGUUCAGGGAGAAAAUCAAGGUGCUCAAAGAAACCCCUUUACCUUGUUCCAGCGUGGACAUCAGCCCUACAAUGAAGAGCUUUGAUACCAGCCAGUGGAAUGGCAUAAAACUGGUUGACGUGGACAAACUUUCCUUGCCUCAGGAAGACAACACUGUUAAAUUCAAGAUUCCCUCGGUCUUUUCCCGCAGGUUUAUAGCGACCUCUCUUCUCUGCUUGCUUAUCCUGGCUGUCACCCGAAUGUCCUUUGUGGAGUCAGUUGUCGACAAUCUCCAGUGCUGGAAAUCUCAGUUCUUUACAAUCAGCUUGUCCUAUUUGGCAGAUACGGUGGAGAUUGCGGAUCAUGCAGUCUUUUACUGGGAACAGAUGACAGACGGAGCCUCACUUCUAAGAGAAAAGUGUAAAAACUAUACCUUGGUUGUACUGGAUAAUGUUGCACAGUUUGUGUGCAAAUAUAAACUGUUGUGA